GCGUUGGCGCGUUGAAGUCUUUAAUAUUGAACGCGCAAUGCGCGUUUAUUGUGUGGCUAUAAAACAAAAAGUGAUUCCCGAAUAAGAAAUAAAUCGUUGCAUUGAAACGUGAUUAUGGUCACUGAAGUAAUUUUACAGUUAAAACUAUAAAAAAAAUUGUUCUUAAAAUACCGAAAAAAGUACCCAAUUUUUCAUUUAAAUUCGUCCAAUUUAGUUCUUGUAAAUUAAAACUUUGACUAUUUGGAAAGAUAAUAGAAAAAGCUGUCGUGUAGCGCUCUGAAAGGCCUGAAGCUAUCAGAAGGGAGCCUCGAGUCGGACAGGGUUAUAGGAGAGGAUCCAAGGGUGUAGUAGUUGGUGGGCAUGCGGCUAUAAGUAAGAGGUGCACGCGCGGCGGCGAGGUUAGUCGCCGUACGGCAGCGCGUUGGUGUCACUCCGUCACCCCCCUCCGCAGCCCGAUAGAGCCGGGCGCCGAGCGCGCACUCACCACUCCUAAUACCCGCACGACCUCACGUCACAACAACGACAUGACCGCGUGGCCCGCCGUCGCCCUAUGUUUACUGGUGUGCACGUCCCAAUGGGCGUCCGCUGAUGUGGAACUGAUCACAAAACCACGACCGGGCGAAGAAUAUGUUAUUGUCAGUUCGGGUCAACAGCCCGCUCCAGUCAAGGCAUCCGCUAAACAUGAAAACAAAAUACCUUAUAAGCACAGACAAAAACCGUUGCUCACUACUGUAGCACCCGCAACGGACAGCAAAAACUUUGAUUACAUUCCUAUUAAUUUCGAUUCUAUCGACGAUAUAAACAGUGGUCUGUUAACAUCAAACGUUAACUUUGAGCCAGCCGGCACAGAACAAAAACAGCAUUCCAGAAUCCAAAUUAAGAAGGGGCCUAACGGGCAAGACUAUGAAUACGAAUACGUUUAUUAUUACUAUGAUGAAGAGGAUGAAGUCAAAAAAGAGGGAAAAAACAAAGACAAGGACUCUACCACUUCCGAGCCUCUAGUUCACAAUUCUCAUGACGGUCCGCUUAAAUCCGACACAGACAACCACAUCGGAAAUGAAAGUAAAACAAAAUACACAACGGUAGAUAGGUCUCGAACAACAACCACUACGGCAGCUCCAGAGACACAAAACGAAGUCCUGCCGCCGUCAACCAGAGGUCGCGGACGUGGUCGAAACAUAGCUCCUCCACCAGUCGAGGAAGAAGUUGAAGAAGACAAUACUAGUGGCAGGUUCCCCUCGAGCACACGGUUCCCUCCUCGUGGUCGCAACUUGGCAUCAGCUACUAGCACUACUACUUAUGUACCGGAAGUUUCUUCGGAAACUGUGAGGCAGCGCGGUCGUCAAUCAGACAGUGUAGCUGAUGAGUCCAUUGGUCAGACCAGAAGCAGGACCCGUGCGCACAUCAGGCGCCCAAGUUCAGAGUUGGUCGACCUCGACAGCUUCAAAACGAACUCUGGUGACAUCCCACUUCAAUACAAAGAGCCCCCGACGAGGUAUUCUUCCGAGAGCAAAACAACUACCGAAGAAAUUCCCGCAGCCGAGACCAGUGACGAAGAAUCUGCUAAUCACAAGGAGCCCACCAGAGAAGGUCACAGCUUGUUAAGUGGAAUAAAAUUCGAGGAGAUUGUAGAUGAUUCGAAGCUGCCCGCAGACUACAAGCUGACUACGACGUUCGAGCAGGAAACAACUGAGUACACCACCAUGACGGCGAUGGAAAAGGUCGCUCUCGAUCUAUACGCGUACUUGGCGGGCGAGAACUUAAACAACGAGGUCAACCCGACCAGCGGUGACCUGAUCAACUUCGACGGCACCACAACUGUUGACGAUGAAGCUGCGACCACCGAGGAGCUGAGUACCACUGAAGAGGCUACAACAUCGACAACUACUACCACCACGACCACCACAACCACUACCACCACCACUCCGGCUCCGACUACAACCACCACGACCACUACGGCUGCUCCGUCUACUCGGCCCUCAAGGUUCAAGGGACGCGCCGGAGCUAGGUCUCGUGUUUCCACCGUUUCUACCGCCGCUACCGAAGCUCCAGCUGAAACCUCCACAAGAACUAGAGGUCGAUUCAGUAAGCCUGGCGUGGGUCGUCGGACUUCUGCUGCCGUUCCCGAAGGUACAACAGUUGCACCCGCCGCCGCCGCUGACAAGCCCACUACGAAGCAGGCAUUCGGUCGUCGUGGUUUGUUCGCAAGCCGCACUCGUCCCAGUUUCACUACAGCUGCCCCAGCGUCUGAUGAUGGAAGCGUAGCAUCGGAAGCCAACGCUGACACUCCAGCACCAAGCAGGCCUCGUCUACGUCCCGGUCUCAGAAGGACCUCAACCACUACAACGACAGCCGCCAGUGCAGCAUCGUCUGAAGACAACACCGGCGCUACCUCUGGAGAAGUCGUGGAAACUACUCCCACCCCAGGAAGGACCCUAGGUCGUGGACGUCCUGGCCUUCGACCGGCUUCUCUCCGUCCAGGCCCAAGGCUUAACCUGAGGCCUAACCCUAGACUCCGCCCCGGAGUUGCCACUCCCGCGCCUGCUGAAACCGCUUCCGAAGUGCCUGCAGAGACAGCUGCUCCUGAAUCACCUGUAACUGAAGCGGAUUCCGAAAGCUCAUCUCCGACAACUGCUCCGGAAGCACCUCGAGGUGGAGUUAGACUGCGCAAUCGUCUUCAGGUGUCCCCGUCGCCUAAGCCCAGGGUUGUGGUGACACCUCCAGCGCGUAGGCCGAACCCACUACUUAAGAGGAAGCUUGCUUCUCCCUCAACAGAGGCUACAACCGAAGCACCUAAAAAAUCAACGGAAACUACCGAGGAAAGCACCAGCGCUGAGAAAAGUGAGACGGAAACGGAACCUCAGCCCGCAGAAACUACACCGGCUCCUCCACUCCGUGGUCUGGACGCUCUCAUCGCGAGGAGACGAGCCGCCGGCGGUAUAGGAGGUCGACCAGCCCGGCCCGCGCGAGGAGCUUUCUACCACCCCAAAUAAACCACUAAACAACCUACAGUGAUUCUAGGUGAUAGCAAUGACGUGAUGCUGAUCUAUUUCUAACUAGCUGACCCGGCCGACUUCGUAGUACCUCAAUCGAUAAAUAAAAGACUUUUGUAUAAAAUAAACUUAAAACAAACAAAAGGUAUCCGUCCGACGGGGGGACACAUCAAAGGAAAAACAAAUUUGUUAUUUUUAUUUAAUUCCGAGCAUUUUCAUAUUUAUCUACCUUUUAAACCUUCUCUGGACUUCCACAAAAAAAUUCAAGACCAAAAUUAGCCAAAUCGAUCCAGCCGUUCUCGAGUUUUAGCGAGACUAACGAACAACAAUUCAUUUUUAUAUAUGUAUAUAGAUAUCUCCCGACGCAAAUGUUCAUGUAAACUAUUCAUAAAUGCUUGCCCGUGCUUGAAAAAGUGCAAAAAAAAAAGACAUUUUCCUAACACGAAAGUAUGUCUCGUUCUGUCGCUGAAAAAAAUGUAUUCGAGUUAAUGUCUCACAUUAACAGGAAAGCAGGUGGUUCAAUAAAAUUCAGCAUCAAAGUCGUCAUUGUUGAUAGUCAAUUUACACCCCAAGCUGUUUAGUUUUAGCUCGUAACGUCUCUUCAUAUUAUCACAGUUGUAAUUAUGAGAUACGCGUAAUUAGGUUAAGUUUUAUUUUUCUCAAGUAUAAGUACCGUGCCGAAUGGUACUCCCAACUACUUAGUCCAUUCCUGUUUGAAUAUGUUAUGUAAAUAUUAGUGUUAGUCGUUUAUACGAAUUAAGAAUGAAAACUUUGAAUUGAAUACUCAUAAAAUAAAUUGGAAACAUUAAAAUUAACUACUUCAUUACUAAAUGGAUGUAAUCGAGUUUUUUUUUUUUCGAAAUUAUUUUACUGUUUACUAGUAUAAUUUUAAUAAAAUAAUUGCCUCUUGCAUUAUAUAGUUUCACAAUGAUUUUUAUAAACGUAUAUUUUAUGAAUCACUUACCAAAACCAAUUUGUAGGUUUAUUCUUAUAGGCUUUGUAGAUACACUCGAUGUUUGUAAUUUCGCACGUGCAAAAUUUACUCAUUAAUAUCUUAUGUAUUUAUUUAUUAAUUUAACAAUUUACAAGCUCGUUUGUAUGAUAAUGGUAAUCAAUCACGUUUGAUUUUGAAAAACUACAGAGCCGAGGCCAAUUUAUCACGUUUGUUGACCUUAAAACUCACCAACAACAGAACUAAUGCAACUUUCAAAAUUUUUCUUUUAUGUUCACGGAGCUUUUUAUGUUGUGGUAAAUAAAAAAAUCUCCUGUUCUUAUAUCCAUAAAACACUAUGACAUUGUAUUUUUCAGUUAACUGUCGAAGUUUUUAAAUUAUUUAUAAAAAUUUAAAGUAACUAUUGAUAAAAUAAAUAAUGCAAUAAUGAGUUAUCACAUCACUUUAUUCUUUUAUCACGCAGUAAUGCUACAAAACAACAGAUAUAUUUUUCAAUAGGAUAGUUAAUUGGCCGAAGAUUGACACAGGCUAGAAUUACGAUUUACCUAUUUUAUAAAUGAGCAUUAUUAGUUUAAGUUUUUAGACCAUCAAAAUCAUUAAAACGCAUAAAUCAGAAGAAGCACUGAAUGUAAGUGCCAUCGUGAUAUGUUUUUGUAUCUGUCGUAAGUGUGAUACCUAAUAAAAUAUUAAUAAGUUUAAAUCGAAA